AUGGCGAUGGACCUAGCUCAUCCGGCUGCACCUUCUGUCGACGACUCUAUCAAGGCAUUCAAGCAAUGCCUGGACCAGUCAGGGCUCGUGAUCACAGACCCAGACGACAUAGAGCCGGGCUGCUGGCCGCAGCAGUAUAGAUCGGCGGUGCUGAGCUGGCUUCGCCAAGCUGACGCGCUCGUCCAUACCGCAUUCUUUCUCUACGUAGGGAUCAAGAUCCGGGUCAAUGACGGUCGCAAGGCCAAGCGAGCGGUCGAGAAGGUGGUCAAAGACUUAUAUCUGGUCGCGCAGUGCCCUCUCGUGUGUCGGGUCCUUGCCAUACCAUUUCAAGGCGUCCCGGUGAGACCGCUACGCCUAGCCUCAGCCUUUCCCGACAUCCUCUGCGCCUUUCAGGGCAUGGUCAGCAACAAGGCGACGACGACGAUUAGCCUCUUCAAUCGCGCAGACUCCUUCACGAUGCCAGCAAUCUUGACCCUCUCUCAGUCGCUGCAAUUGGACCUGGACUCCGAGAUGCAGAUGUACGCCAAUCAGUACAAUCGCCACCACUGGCUAGGGAUUAUGUGGAGCGCUGCUGAGGUGCCCGGCUGCGGCAAUUUCCUCUCGCAAUAUUUCGACUACGGUCGCGCCAACCGAUAUCGUCUCUUCUUCCCUCUGAGUAUGUUCACAACAGAUGCCUGGGUCUCCAGCACCCUUCUCUUCAAGCCUCCGUACGAUUUCCGGCAGCUCGUCGCCUAUGGUCGUCUCGUGUCGCGAUUCUUCUCUGGUCAGGGGACACUGGGCGUCGGCGAUAUCAAUAAAGCAUUUGAGCACAUCGACUUCUCUGGCCUUACACCCCUGGAUUCGGUUGCUUGUACCUUCGAGGAUGAACGGAGGGACGGUGCAGUCCCACGAAUCCAGUCCAAGGACCCAAAGUAUCGAGAGGCUAAGAAGACUGCUUUACGGGAGAAAGGCAGGCUUCUACAGGACGACACUCGUUCACGCGCACCGGAAGCUCCGUUGAAUCUCGAGUGCACAUUGGUUUGA